UCUAGGGUUAAGUUGUUAAUUAUGACAGAACUCGUCGAACAUAGAGUUUGUGAAGAUAGAAUCAGUUCUUUGUCUGACGAUCUUCUCGUGCAGAUAUUAUUGCUCGUUCCUACAAAAGAUGCAGUGGCCACCACGUUUUUGUCUAAACGAUGGAGGUUUGUCUGGAGGAUGUUACCUAGACUUGAAUAUAGAGAAACCAAAACAAGUGACGUUAACAGCAGUAGUACUGUUUGGUGGUUUCUUGAAGAUUCAUUCCGUCUUCACAAGGCACCUUUGUUAGAACGUUUGUGUAUCGAACUCGGUCCACAAUGUCCUAUUUAUGUUAAUCCUGUAAAGUGGGUUGCAAAAGCACUUGAUAAUCGUGUGCGUUGGCUAAUUUUCAGGCUCCUUUGGAAAGGAGAGCCGAUCAGAAUGCCUAAGAGCCUUUACUUUUGCAAAACGCUUGAGAGAUUGACUCUCUCCUACAAGGUUCUUGUGGAUGUUCCUCGACAAGUCUCUCUCCCAUCACUCACAGAACUUGAUCUCUUCUGUGUUGUGUACAAAGACGAAGAUUCUCAUGUUAGGCUUUUAUCAAGUUGUCCCGUUCUCAAGCGUCUAAAGGUGACUCGAAAUAGACAUGUGGAAGAUAUUGUGAGAACGUUUAGUGUUAAAGUGCCUUCUUUAUUGAGAUUAGAUUACAAAGUAGAUACGACAUUUCAAGACAGUGAUGAUAGAUUUUUGGUUAUAGACACUCCAAAUUUAUUGUCUCUUCACAUCUUUGAUAUUUUUGGACACUCUUUCUCAGUUGAGUACAUGCCCCAUCUUGUUACAGUAGUUAUUGAUCUGCUCUUCCCUAUUGAAAACUUUAUGAGGUCUCUCUCUUCGGUCAAGUAUCUUGCGUUAUCUCCGUUCGAUAUAAUGGUUCCAUGGUGUGACGCAGUAAAUAACUACUCUCGACUUGUAGAAUGUAUGAUAUUUCUAUCUGACCAAGACUUGUGUGAAUCACUUUUGGUUUUGCUCUCUAAUUGUUCUAAUUUAAAAGUUUUUAUGGUCGACUCUGAGAUUGGUCAGUAUGCGAAUCAUGGUCCAGGUUUAUGGAAUCAACCGAGUUCUGUUCCAGGAUGUUUGUCGUCUCAUCUCGAGAUCUUUGAGUGGGAAGGAUAUGCAGGAAGAAAAUAUGAGAAAGAACUCAUAAGAUACAUUCUAGAAAACUCCAAGUGUUUAAAAACAGUGGGAAUCUCGCCGAAUUCAACAUGCAGUGAAGAGAAACAGAAGAUGGUGGUUGAGGAGUUAGAAUCUAUGCAUAGAGUUCCAACGUCUGUGCUUCUGUCCUCUGCUCGAAUGUUAUUUAGACGUUAGUAUGUCUGUCUAUUUGUUAGUAGAUGAUGUUUCAAAAUCCUAAAAUUUGGAA